AUGGCCGACGCGGUGUCCCAGCUUCAGUGCCAGAUAAACACUCUGUGUGAACUCAUGUUCAACUACGCCGGAACGCUCCAGCGCGACGCGAGACCUGCCAACGUGAGCGCGAACGGUGAUCUCGAUGACGCGUUACCCGAGGGAGGGAUCACGAAGGCGGAGUUAGAGGCGAUGGCGGGGACGAUCGCGGAGGCGAGACGGGUAAUCGUGGAAAUCGCGCGCGCGCUCCCUGAGAUGGACACAGACGAGAAUGCGUCCCGAAAGCGCCUCGCCGCCCUCCAUGCCGAACAUGAAAAAGUGAGCAAAGAGUUGGACAUCGCCACUGCGGAGGCGAGGGAGGAGCUGGAGAUCAUCAACGCCGCGUUCAAGAAGGCAUCCGAGGCGACGCUCUUCGAGUGA